AUGACCAAGUGGGGGAAACUUCGAAGCAGAAUUAUAUGGCCGAGCGAAUUCGCUUACGCUGUGGAGAACGAAGGGCAGGACAACAAGUUCGGACACAGCUAUGUGAUCAAAUAUAAUGGAAAUGUCGUUCACGACAGAUUCAAGAAAGGGUUAAAUCGGGUAAACAAAUUGAUGAAGGUGACAAGACGUGUGUGUGAAAAUUUGGAGGAGAAAAACUACGGGGAGGAUGUGGAUUCAUUGGAAAUAGAUCACUUCGGGGCGCAAACGGGAGGAAGGAUCACGGACCAAAUUAAUGAGGCUAAUCAAAUCCUCCUACGGUUGAAUGAGGAGAAGGAAUCUUUUAAAGAAAGUCUCGGUAAAAUUAAUACCAUUGAUGAGAAGUACGACAUUCCUGUGAGGAACGAGUCCGCUCACUACACAUUUCGUUUGGACUCCCCUUUUGUGUGCAUCGAGGGGGAUCCCUUAGUGGAGAUCCUAAAGAGGAGGCAGCGGAACGCAGCAGAUGGAAAGCAUAAUGUAGCAGUUAAGCAUCAGGGCCGAAAAGGUAAGGAUCGCCGUGGAGAGAAGGCCCCACCAUUUAGGACCUUUCUGUAUAACGCCAAAAUUAUUGAGUGUGACGAAACGCUCAUAGGGGACAGGGAGUUUAUUUUUUCAGAAGCCAACACGAGUAGCCUGAAGGUUAAAACUCUCAUUAACGAGGGAAAGUACAUAAGACAGGCACUGUACGAAUAUAAGGAAACUUGUGGUGUGGAAAAUGAGCUGCAAAAUAAUCAGGAUGAUUUCCCACCUGAAGGGAGAAGUGAAAGUGUAAAAGGUACAUCGACAAAAGCAACAGGCCCUCCAUGUGGUAACGACGAAGUGACCUACGAAGGUGUCGGCGUACUUCCAUACAGUGACAUCAUAAUGGUGGAGAAAAGUGACUUGGACAAGAAGAGGUACGUGGCUGUUUUUUUAACUCCAUAUGUUCUUAACGGAAAUGUCAAGAGGUUUAUCGAGAAGGUACAGCCUUACAUGGCUUACGCAUUCGAUAGUAAUUUGAUAUGGGUAAAUAUGUGUAAACUGAUUAAGCUUAUGUACCAUUUGGAAGAGAAGAACAUCCUGCACGGGAAUAUUAAGCCUACUAAUUUAUUUAUCGAUAACAGUGGUUUUAACAUCCUGCUCGGUAACUUUGUUCCAAAGGUGAAGCUCACAAAUUACUUCCACUACGUUGUUAAUGGCAGAAGAGGAAUGCCCAAAUAUAUUUCCCCUGAACUUUUUUUUUACUUGCGGAAAAAAAAAAACAUGGUGAAAAAGGGAGGCAAGAAAAAUAAACACAUUGAAAGGUAUCUCGUGAAGAAUGAUAUUUUUUGUUUAGGCCUCUGCUUCUACUACCUCGUGACAAUGAAGGAGGAUAUCCUCAACCACGUGGAUGAUCAGCGCGCCUUUCAACAUAAGGUGAACGGGCUCCAGGCUUGCGUCUCUCGCCAGGAUCUGCUUCUCCUUCUGCGCAGCAUGCUAGCUUACGACCAUCGAGAGCGCCCCACCUGGGAGGAGCUUCUGGCCGUGGUAAGGGGUGAAGAAAAGAGAGGGGUACCCGCGGCGCCGUAG